GGCCGAGAUUCGGGCAGACACGCACGGACGUUGAGUUAGGAGUUGAGGGACGAACAUCUCCAACGAUAACAAAAACACAUCAACAAACGCUUCUGUGCCACUGGACACUGGAUAAACAUGCCUCUGACUAUUCUAAUGGGAUUGUUAUUGAAGUGCGCGAUUAACCGACGCGGAAAAUAUGAUGGUUGUUGAAGUAAACACAGGAGAAAGUUUACUCCUUUGGAAUUGAAUGAAUAGUCUUGUGCCACAACAUAGCUAACUCACAGUGCACCAAGGCCAUGAUAGACAGCCUUUGCAUACAGAUGUGUUCUCUCUAGCUAGCUAGCUACCAGGUGAUAGCGCUAAGCCUAAGUUACAAUAGGCAGUAUAGGUAGUAACAUUAUACGUUUAGCCGUGACAUUUAACUGAAAUGGCUAACUAGCUGGCUAUAUGUUUAUUUGUUUAUCUACCAGGCUAACUAUCGAAAGUAGCAUAGAGUUUGCCAGUUAGCGUAGCUAACUAGCUAACAAUUGGUUUAUUAGCUAGCUCGCUAGCUAGAAACGCUUGAAAGGAAAGCCUGAGUUGGCUAACUAAUUAGCUAGCGCACUAGGCGAGCUAGCAUAUUAACUAGCUAGUAAAUGAGACCGCGAACAAGUGAGUUGCUAGCCUAGCUAGCUAGCACUUUGUAAAAUUUGAUUAGCAGGUUAUCGCUAAUUAGCUUAUAUAGGCUUUGCACUUAAAUUAGCUCGCUAACAGUAAUACAUGUUUUUUUCUUUCUAGUUAGCAUUACCAAACCGUGCUCGAUUUGAUGUACGGUUUAGCUAGUGUUAUAUUAUCUUAGUUACCUCAAGCUGACUUUUCCACCGUGCCUGGACUGACUGACCCACCCACAAGGACUACCCGGGGCCGAUGCUGACAAUCCAUCCCGGAUCACGGCAACGUAAGGAGCCAUGCAGCCGCAACAAAUAUACGACUUUUCAAGUGACGAGAACAGUCACAAAUGGCGAGGCCUCUUCGUCCAAGCAUUGCGAAAGGUGCAGCUACAGGUGCACCCCAACCUGUCAGCCAAGGAGGGAGCUCUGCAGCACAUCGAAGAGCUGAUCCUGCAGCUGCUCAACAUGCUGUGUGUGGCCCAGCCGCGCUCUGUACAGGACGUGGAGGAGCGGGUCCAGAAGACCUUCCCCCACCCCAUAGAUAAAUGGGCCAUAGCUGACGCCCAGUCGGCCAUCGAGAAGAGGAAGAGGAGGAACCCUCUACUGCUCCCCGUCGAUAAGAUACACCCCCUACUCAAGGAGGUCCUGGGUUACAAGAUAGACUACCACGUCUGCCUCUACAUCGUGGCGGUGCUAGAGUACAUAUCGGCUGACAUCUUGAAGCUAGCAGGAAACUACGUUGGUAACAUCAGACACUAUGAGAUCAGCCAGCAAGACAUCAAGGUGUCCAUGUGUGCAGACAAGGUCCUAAUGGACAUGUUUGACCAGGACGAGGACAUCGGUCUUGUGUCUCAGUGUACAGAGGAGCCGUCGUCGUCCGGGGAGCUGACCUACGACGACCUGGUGCGCCUGGAGAUCGCAGAGGAGCGCCAGUACCUCCGGGAGCUCGACCUCAUCAUCAAGGUGUUCCGCCAUCACUUCCUGUUCAACAACAAGAUCUUCACACCUCAGGAUGUGGAGGUGAUUUUCAGUAAUAUCUUGGACAUCCAUGAGUUGACGGUCAAGCUGCUGGGCCUGAUCGAAGAUGCAGUGGAGAUGACCGCUGACGGUAGUCCUCAUCCUCUGGUGGGCAGCUGCUUCGAGGACCUGGCAGAGGAGCAGGCGUUUGAUCCGUACGAGACCCUGUCGCAGGACAUCCUGUCCAGACAGUUCCACGAGCACUUCAGCAGUCUGAUGGCCCGGCCUACUGUAGGACUAUACUUCCAGUCCAUAGCUGAAGGUUUCAAGGAGGCGGUUCAGUACGUUCUGCCACAGCUCAUGAUGGUUCCUGUAUACCACUGUUUGCACUACUUUGAACUACUGCAGCAGCUGCAGGAGCACAGUGAGGAGCAGGAUGACAGGGAGUGUUUGAAGCAGGCCAUCACCGCUCUGCUCAACCUCCAGUGUAGCGUGGAGCGCAUCUACGCCAAACACCUGCCUCGACGCAAACCUGGCGAGCCCAUGUACCGUCUGUACAGCCGUCAGGUGCGCAGCAAGCAGCUGGCCAUCAAGCGGAUGAACGAGAUCCAGAAGAGCAUCGACGGCUGGGAGGGGAAGGACAUCGGCCAGUGCUGUUCAGAGUUUAUCCUGGAGGGGGCGCUCCUCCGCGCCGGCGCCAAACACGAGCGACACAACUUCCUGUUCGACGGCCUCAUGAUCAGCUGCAAGGCCAAUCAGAGCUCCCGACUCCCCGGUUCUGGAAGCGGGGCAGAGUUCCGUCUCAAGGAGAAGUUCGUCCUGCGGAAAGUCCGCAUCGUGGACCGCGAGGACUCGGCGGAGUUCAAACACGCCUUCGAACUCGUCGGUAAAGACGAGAACUGUGUGGUGUUCUGCGCCCGCUCGACGGAGGAGAAAGGGGCUUGGAUGGCGGCGCUGGUGACCCUGCAGUACCGCUCCACGCUGGACCGUAUGUUGGACACGGUUCUGCAGCACGAGGAGCAGGCUCAGCCCCUCCGCCUGCCCUCGCCAGAGCUAUACCGCUUCGCUGUGCACGACUCAGAGGAGAACAUCGUGUUUGAAGAUCGCGUCCAGAGCAAGACGGGGAUACCCAUUAUUAAAGCAGGCACGGUGGUCAAGCUUAUAGAGAGGCUCACCUACCACAUGUACGCUGAUCCCAACUUUGUGCGCACGUUUCUGACCACCUACCGGUCCUUUUGCAAGCCCCAGGAGCUCCUCGGCCUCUUGAUAGACAGGAUUGAGAUCCCAGAGCCGGAGCCCACCGAGGCAGACAAGCAGGCUCUAUGGAACGGAGAUCAGCCAAUGGCUGCAGAGCUACAGAGGUUCCGGAGGGAGUACGUCCAACCGGUCCAACUCAGGGUCCUGAAUGUGUUUCGUCAGUGGGUGGAGCAUCAUUUCUAUGACUUUGAGAACGACCCCGAGCUACGAGGCCGACUGGAGGAGUACAUUAGCAGCAUUAUACAACUACGAGGCAAGUCUAUGAGGAAGUGGGUGGAGUCUAUCAACAAGAUCAUCAAGAGGAAGAUGCAGACUCAGUCUAACGGGGUCAGCCACAACAUCACCUUCGAGAGCCCGCCGCCGCCCAUCGAGUGGCACAUCAGCCGUCUGGGCCAGACGGACACCUUUGACCUCAUGACCCUUCACCCCAUAGAGAUCGCCCGCCAGCUCACCCUGUUGGAGUCAGAGCUAUACAGGGCUGUGAGGCCAUCUGAGCUGGUGGGGAGUGUCUGGACCAAAGAGGACAAGGAGAAUAACUCUCCCAACCUGCUGAGGAUGAUCCGCCACACCACCAACCUCACACUGUGGUUUGAGAAGUGUAUUGUGGAAGCAGAGAACCUGGAUGAGAGGGUAGCAGUGUUCACACGGGUCAUUGAGAUCCUCCAGGUGUUUCAGGAGCUCAACAAUUUCAACGGUGUUCUGGAGGUGGUCUCUGCCAUCAACUCUGUCCCCGUCUACCGGCUCGAUCACACCUUUGAGGCGGUCCCCGAAAGGAAAAAGCGGAUCCUAGAGGAAGCAGUGGAACUGAGCCAGGACCAUUUCAAGAAGUACCUGGCCAAGCUCAAGUCCAUUAACCCGCCUUGUGUGCCUUUCUUUGGUAUCUACUUGACCAACAUCCUGAAGACAGAGGAAGGGAACCCCGACUUCCUGAAGAGACACGGCAAAGAGCUGAUCAACUUCAGUAAGAGGAGGAAAGUAGCAGAAAUCACAGGAGAGAUACAGCAGUACCAGAACCAGCCUUACUGUCUCAAGGUCCAGCAGGACAUCAAGAGGUUUUUUGAGAACCUGAACCCGAUGGGCAGUCUGGGUGAGAAGGAGUUCUCGGACUAUCUGUUCAACAAGUCUCAGGAGAUUGAGCCUCGCAACUGCAAGCAGCCGCCACGAUUCCCCAGGAAGACCUUGUACCCUCUGAAGUCCCCGGGGAUCCGGCCGGUGCGUACCUCUACGUCAGGGACCCUGAAGGGCCACCCCGUACCCCUGGAGAGAGAGCCCCCCCACAAGAUCACCUUCAGGAGCAUCGCUGAGACGGAGCCUGAGACCUCUUCCACAGCCCCCACCUCACCCAACACCCCCACCCCCCCGCAGUCUGCCACCUCAGACCUCAUCUCUGUCUUCAUGGAGCAAGACCUCUGCAACUCCUACGGUGGAAACUCCAUAUUCGCUAAUGUUCUCCUCCCACCCUCAAAGGUCCAGUCAGUAUCCUGUGGAAGCCUUCACCAGCUAGGAGAGAACUUACUCAAACCUCCUCCACUUCCCCCGCGUAGGAAGGAUGCUUUCUCUGAGGCCAAGUUGAGUUCCAGGUCUGACAGUCCUCCAGCCAUCCCCCCCAGACUGCCCCCUCCUCUCCCCAGGAUCCAGCCCCGCGCCCCGGUCUACAAUGGCCCCAGCGACGGCCCCCUCUCCAGCCCCCCACCACCACCUCCCCGGGACCCCCAGCCAGACACCCCUCCACCCAUCCCCCAGAGACCCCCAGAGAUAUUCAUCAACUACCCCCUGAACCUUCAACCCUCCCCUGUCGGACGCUUUCACUGGGACUUUGGCAGCUCCCCGUCGUCCCCCGGCACGCCCCCGGGCACCCCCUCUCCCCGCGUCCCCCGACGGAGCUGCCUGCUCAGCGCCAGCCAGAACAGUCUCUGCCCGCUCCCCCUGCCCAUCAUGGCCCCACCUGUUCCUCCCCGCCACAACUCCUCCUCCCAGCUCCCCAAACUUCCCCCAAAGACCUACAAGAGGGAGCUGUUGCCACCCCCUUUACAGAGCCUCUCAUUGGUGGAGAACACGGACACUAGCCAAUGAGGAGCCUUCUGCUUCUUUUGUUGUUAUUAUUGUUUUUGUUGUCAACAUGGAAGCCUUUGAGUUGCUCCACACAAUACAAACUACAAACAAACUAUGUCCUACAUUAAACUAUGAACUAAUGACCUGCAUCAGACUAUGAACUAUGACCUGAUGACCUGGAGCGGAUAAAAAAAAAAAAAACGAAUCAUGAUUUUUAAAGCUACUGAUCGUAAAGAAGACUUAGUUUCCAACCACACUCCAAACCCGGCCCAACUCAUCUCCUGCCAACGCCUCUCAGGAAUCAGUAGCUCCGCCUUCAUGCCAAUAGAAAAUUACACCACAGUGUGCCAGCCAAUGAACAAGUAGCCUCAAGACACUGAUUCAAACUCCUCCUCUGUGUGUGUGUGUGUGUGUGUGUGUGUGUGUGUGUGUGUGUGUGUGUGUGUGUGUGUGUGUGUGUGUGUGUGUGUGUGUGUGUGUGUGUGUGUGUGUGUGUGUGUGUGUGUGUGUCACAUACCUGUACACAGCACAGCACAUGUCAUUGUGUUUCUUUCUUGGUACAGACAUCCCACUCUGUGCUAGAGUGGACAGGAUAGCAAGAUAUGCUCUGGCAGUCGCCCUCCUCCUACCCUGACAGGUAUUUUUAUGUUCCCCCCCCCCCGGGCUCUCCAGCCUGUCCUGGUCCAGUGUGGUAACCCCAUACUCUGUGUUUGUGGUUCCAUUGGCACAAUGUAGUGCUAGGAACAGCAUUCACUCACUCCACCCAGGAGUCAGUCCUGUCCUGUCCUGUGGCUCGCAGACUUGACAGACUGACAGUCACUGGACCUAUUCGGACCUCGCUGCUCUUUUAAUGAUCAAACUUAUCAAUUUCCGCGGUUCUGUCUGGAGCAAGCAUGAGCAGAGUGUUUUGAGAAUCCUCUGAGGCCUCUCAACUCUUCCCAUUGUGUUCUGUUGUUCUCUACUAAACUCUAACUUAGUAGCCAAAGUUUGUAUUUGAUGCAGAGGGAUAACUAAGGGAUACAUUGUGUUUUUUUUGAGGAAUGAUAAGACAAACUAAAAAUAAGAUGCAAAUUAUAUUUCAUUCAUUCAGAACUGACUGAAAGCGAUUUGCUACGGUGUGCGACUAAUGAAUAAACCCCCCCCCCCUCCCUGGUCGUA